UCUCUUUGUUUUGUUUCUCAGUACCGCACGCAACGCGAACACUCACUGUCCAUUAAAAUUUCGAAACCGAAUCAAUCGAAUUUGAAUUUCAAUUAACUUUCCUGUGAUGCCUUACGUCGUGAGAGAGAAUCUUCUGAUCGGAAACAUCGGCGACGCGGCGGAGAUUCUCCAAAACGCCACCGUUCAGCACGUGACACACAUCCUCUCCGUUCUCAGCUCCGCUUCCAUAUCCUUCUUCUCCGAAUGGCGUCCCGGCCUCACCAUCCCCGCCAAGGACAUCGCCAAAGUUCACGUCGCCGACAACGCCGCCGCCAAGUCUGCCCUACCGCCGGAGAAGCUUCUUUACUCCGUCGAGUACGCCGGCCAUGACUUGAAGCUAGUUCGCAUGGCCGUACCUCUCAGGGACACCGAGAACGAGGACUUGUUGGAUUACUUGGAUGUUUGCAUCGAUUUCAUCGAUCGCAGUCGGAAGGAAGGUUCCGUUUUGGUCCACUGUUUCGCCGGAGUUUCCAGAAGUGCGGCGGUUAUUACGGCGUAUUUGAUGAGGACCGAACGUCUGUCUAGAGAAGAUGCCCUUGAGUCGUUAAGGCAGAGUUGUGAAUUUGUUUGUCCCAACGAUGGUUUUUUAGAGCAGUUGAAAAUGUUCGAGGAGAUGGGUUUCAAGGUUGAUUACUCUAGCCCUAUAUACAAGCGUUUUCGUCUAAAAAUACUAGGUGAGAAUCAUUUCUCAGGGUUGAGGAUAGACAGUUCUAAACUUGGUGCGGAUCCUGGCAUGCCUGUUGAAAUUUCUUCAGAGGUGGAUGGAGCCGCUAAAGUAGAAAAUAAUCGUAGUCCUACCUAUCGCUGUAAGAAGUGCCGGCGGCUUGUUGCAUUGCAAGAACAUGUUAUAGAUCAUAUUCCUGGUGAGGGUGAGACAUCCUUUGAGUGGCACAAGCGGAGAAGUGGCAACCCUUUCAACAAAUCCAAUGAAUCUGAGUGUUCAUCCAUAUUUAUUGAGCCUCUACGAUGGAUGAAAGCUGUUGAGGAAGGCGCACUAGAGGGAAAGUUGUCCUGUGCUCAUUGUGAUGCCCGUUUAGGAUACUUCAACUGGGCUGGCACACAAUGCAGCUGCGGAAGCUGGAUAACCCCAGCUUUUCAACUCCACAAAAGCCGGAUAGACAUAAGCCCUAUGUAACCCUUGCACGGCUUUAUGCAUAUCCUCAUUCCUCAAAAAGGGAUGCCACCUGUAAUUUUGUCAUUGUUCUUGGACUUGUAUUCUGCUCAAGUUUUCCAAGCUGGUUCACUGCCAAUGAAGUUACGGAAGGAAGGAUCCAAAUCUUGUUCUUUGGAUCUGCUCAGUUUCUCAGGCUGAACCAAUGCAUUUAUGAAAGGGAGGAUUGCAGUCUUACACUUCUGUGCUUCUUCCAGAAUGACUUUUAGGAGCUAUGUUUUGAGAUUAUGGAUUAUGGAUUUCUAGUAAAUUGGCGAGGCAUGAGUUGCCUUUCCAAUAUUAGGGUAGCUCCCAUCAGUAAGAAUGAUGUUCUUCUCUACGAAAGAAAAAUGAGUGUUCUCCAUUGUACCUGGUUUUUUCUAUUCUUAAUCUGCUAAUUUUUUCUUCGGUUUGAAGAAGUUGGCUAAAAGUUGAAAUCGACCCAAGGGUACAUAAAAUGCAUCCACAAUGAUGUUAUAAUGCGAAUGUAUUUCAUUCCCAGGAUUACUAUGCCCUCUUCUGAUCAUAUAUAUAUAUAUAUUUAAUU